UAUUCGAUAAAUUGGUCAUUGACCUUUAGGCCCCCCUAAAAUUGAGACGUUUAUUCAAAAUACGAGUAAAUCCACCUAAGUUAUCGAUUGAAACCUCUGUCAAAGUAACUUCAAGCAAUCGAAGAACGCGUGACCACCUGUUUCGGCCAUCAAAAACUUCGCGUGACCAAAUGAGCCCACAGUUGAGACACCAGAGAAUGACGUCAUGGGAACGUCCCUAUUACUUCUAAAUGUAAAGCCAACUACGCAUGUACCUUCUUUCUCAGAUUUGUCGCCGUGAAACGCUGACUUGUUUCUUCUUUUCGUGAUAAAGGCAAGCAGGAAGACAAUGGCCACAGCUGGUGUUCCAGUGUCGUUUUCCUCAUCAAAAGAGACCACCAAUUAUGCAAAACUUUGUCGUCUUUUGGUCGAUGUGGGAUGUUAUGUACUAAGGGACACUUUUGACAGCAUUCAUCCUCCGAGUGAUCUUCACAAAAACCUGAGGACACAUCAUUCCAAACUUCAGCUUCUUCAAAAGAAGAGAGUUUUAAAUCCAACACAAUGGGGAAAUCUCUACCCUCCAAUACGUACCUCAGUAUCGUCAAAAAACUUUGACAUAACUCUUCUGACAGUCCUACUUAGGAACAUUUGUAGCCUUAGUCCCCCAGCCACUGGAUGGGAUGCACUUCCCCCUGCCACAGAUGUAAGCACAGAAGCUGACAUUGUGCGAGUAAAAUACUUUAGAAAUACAGUGUAUGCCCAUGCUGAUAAAGCAUCUGUGGAUAAUGCAAAAUUUGAUGGGUAUUGGCAUGACAUUAAAGAUGCCUUGGUGAGACUUGGAGGACCUGUAUAUGCAGUGGCAAUUGAUGAUCUGAAAAAUGAAUGCAUGGACCCUGUAUUUGAGGAACACUAUAGAGAACUUCUAAAGGAAUGGAAAAGAGAUGACGAUAACACCAAAGAGAAACUGGAUGAGAUUCACUGGAUGCUUGAAGAAAUAAUGAAAGCUUCAACUAACACACCAUUGCCAAAAGAUGUUGAUGAGCCAACUGAACUUAUAGGAAGACUUCGCCAACUUUACCUGACGCGUGAAGGGCGACAUUCACCAUUUCCUUGGUGUGAGGAGUUCAACUUUGACCUUAAUGACAUAUUUACCAGGCCAACCAUUGUCAGGAGAGACAAAACUAGACGAACAGCCGCAGAACUGGUAACAAACAUAACUGCAGUCUUCAAACCUCACAGAGAAUGCUCCAAGCCCAGAACUGUUCUGAUUGAGGGAGAACGCGGAAUGGGCAAGACAACUUACUGUCAAAAGAUAGCAUAUGACUGGGCCAAUGGUCAAGAAACCGACCCCUCUUUCCCACAAAUAAAAUUGCUUUUCCUACUCAAAUGCCAUGACAUGUCAGGCAACAUCUGGGAAGCAAUUGAUGAUCAGCUGCUUCCUCGAAACAUUGAUGAAACAGCAAAGGAGAACUUCUUCAAGUACAUCCAUGCCAAUCAGUCCCAGGUACUGCUGAUACUUGAUGGAUUGGAUGAAGCACCAUCUAAUUUCACAAAGAUAUUUUCUGACCUUGUUGAGAGCAGGGACCUUCCAAAGUGUAACAUCAUUCUUACAUCCAGGCAAGAGGGUAGUGUUAAGAUAAGCAAGUUUUGUGACACCUUGUUUCAAAUGGAAGGAUUUUCUUCAGAGAACUCUCACCAUUACAUCACACACUACUUUAAGGACUUGGAAGCAGAGGGAAAAAAACUUUUGAAUGGCAUUGACCAAAAUAUUGAACUUGGAGAACUGAUCGUGAAUCCCUUAUUCACAGCAAUGCUCUGUCUGGUUUUUGAAGAUUUAAAAGGUAGUCUCCCUCAAAGCAAGACUCAGUUGUACCUUGAAAUCACAGAAUGCAUUCUUAAAAGGUUUUGCCAAAAGCAAAGGUUGUCUCACAAUAACGGCAUCCUAAUUGAUGUUUUCAAGGAAGAGCUGGAACAGUUGGGAAGAAUAGCCUUGGAGGCCUUAAAAAGAGAUGAGAUGCAUAUUGAAGAGGGUGAAUUUACUGGUUCAACAAGAAAAUCACCUUUAUUUGAAUUUUUGUCUGUCCAGUCCAACAGCAGCAAAAGAAGAUCCCAUACAUGCUAUAGAUUUUCACACAAGAGUUUUCAAGAAUUCUUUGCUGGUCUUUAUCUCUCCGACCACAUUACAAAAGGGGAGACAGACUUUGAGAAACUGCUUGCAAAUGAAAGACAAAACUUAAAGGCUCUUGAACCAGUCCUUCUGUUCACAGUUGGUAUUCUUGGCCAUAACAGUGAAAAGUAUGCCUUGUCUCUUUUAAAAGUCACUAUCAAGAAUGCCAAUCAUUUCAAAACCUUGGAUAUUCCAACUUUUUAUCUGUGUUUUGCUUUAAAGUGUAUUGGUGAAUGCUCCAGAGAAAAUUCAAGACUUAGAUCCAAGAUGAUACAUUUACUGGGCACAAACCUUGAGCUUCAAGAAUUGAUAAUAACUGACAACAGUUUCCCCAUUGAGUUGUUUGUUGAGGCCCUUCAAGUUAACAGCACACUGACUCAUUUGCAAAUCCUUGUUCCAUUUCUGAGAGACCACUUCCUUGUGUUCAUGGCAAAUAUGCUUCAAGUUAACAAAACUCUGACUAAAGUUGUUAUUUUAAAUUUCCGUUUUUUCAGUACACAUGAUGUGCAGCAACUGUCUGAUUCUCUAAUGGUUAACACAACACUGUAUGACUUACAGAUUACCGGAAAUGGAUGGGGCAACAAUGCAGCCAGGAUCUUGGCUGGUUAUUUGAAGAAGAGUAAAACAUUGGGUGUCCUAGGUCUAUUUAUCGGAGACAUUGGUGAUGAAGGGGCCACAGCACUUGCAGAGGUUUUAAGGACCAACACCACCUUAAACAGUUUGUGCCUUGCAGGAAACCCAGGCAUUGGUAAUCUUGGUGCUAUAUCACUGUGUGAGGCUCUUAAAGUCAACAAAACCCUUCAUUCAUUAAAUUUGUCUGAAACUGGUAUUAGUGAUACUAGUGUUCUUUCUAUUGUGGAAAUUCUAAACACUAAUACCAGCCUAACCGCUUUGUCACUGUCAGAUAUCAAAAUAAGUCGUCACACUGUUAAGUCUAUGGCAGAAGUCUUGAGAAUCAACUCUACUUUGAAAGGACUUGAUUUCAAAGGAAACAAGGUUGGUGUUGGUGGUGCCAGGUUGAUAACUGAAAGCCUUAAGGUUAAUACCACCCUAAACAAUCUUGACUUGUCAAGGAACAACUUCAAAGCAUCAUGUGGUCGUUUACUUUCUGAUGUCCUCAAAGUUAAUGGGACACUGGAAUCUUUGAGUUUAGUUAAUAAUGCCCUUGGCGCUCGUGGUACCCAACUUCUAUCAGAAGGGCUCAAGGUUAAUACCUCUCUUACACAUCUGGACCUGUCUGGGAAUUCCGUUGAUGAUGAAGGUGCAGAGUCAAUUGCAGAGACCAUCAGAGUUCAUGCCUCAUUGACUGUGUUACAGCUAUCAGGGAACAGUAUUGGUGAUUCUGGAGCCACUUCACUCUCCAAAGCUCUUAAGGUCAAUGUCUCUCUGAAGAAUCUGAAUCUGUCAGAGAAUUCCAUAGCUGGUGCUGGAACUAAGUCAAUUGCCGAGGCCCUUGAAAGUAAUGCCUCUCUGACUACUUUAAACCUUGACACUAAUGGUAUUGGUGAUAAUGGAGCCCAAUCACUUUGUGAGGCUCUUAAGAAAAAUGCCACCUUGACUUACCUGUUUGUGUCUAACAACAAUAUCCAUUCAGCUGGUGCCCGGGGAUUUGCUGAGCUCCAACAACACAAUAACACCUUAAAGACAGUAUUUUUGACAAAGAACGAUACUAGUGAUUUUGGCGAUUUUGGAGAUCAAGAACUGAAUGAAGUCCCUUUAAUAAACGUUUCUAAGUUUCCUAUUUCACGUGACGUAUCGUUGCAAUUUAGUGGUCAACGAAGUUUUGAUGUACUUGUGUCUAGAGAUACUUUGAUGCUACCGCCACAUUAAAGCAUUUUGUAAAUAGGAUCAAAUCAGUGGAAAGGGUGCUUAAUUUGUUAAAGCUGACUACCAUCAUGACAGCUGACGUUACUUGCAAAGAAGAAAUGGGGGAUUUUACACGGCCACGUAGGAAAACUAAUUUUAUCUUUGAGUGCUGUAAGUAUCUCACGAGUGAGCGAAGUAAACGAGUGAGAGAUACUUUCAGCACGAGGAGAUGAAAUUCGUAUCCCAAGUGGCCAUGUAAUGUUCUGUUUAUUUUAUAGAUACUGAUGAA